AUGCACCAGCUGAUGCACGAGCGCACCUGCCCCUGCUCCCUGGGACAUCAGAUCUUGCUCCGUGGUGCCCCAGGCCGACUCCAGAGCAAGAGCCCUGGCAUUGCUGCGGGGCUCUGCAGCGAUGCUGCCGCCGCGGCGUUCCUGCACCUCUGCAGCUUCAGUCCACCGCUGCCGCUCGGGCUGGGGCUGGGGCUGGGGCCUCCGCGCUCCGGCAGCGCCGUGCUGCCCUUCGCUGCUGGGAAAGCAAAGCAGGAGCACAGGCAGGAGGUGUGGAGCAUCACGUACCACAGCUGGCUGACCUUCGUGCUGCUGCUCUGGGCCUGCCUCAUCUGGAUCGUGCGGAGCCGGCACCACUUCGCCAUGCUCUGCUCGCCCUUCAUCCUGCUCUACGGCAUCGCCCUCUGCAGCCUCCAGUACGUCUGGGGCAUGGACCUGGCCCCCGAGCUGCCCACCCGCGUCGGCUUCAUGAGCCUCGAGCAGCUGGGGCUGGUGCGCCCCAAGUACCCCUGCUUGGACCUGGGGGCCAAGCUCCUGCUCACCCUCACCUUCUGGCUCCUGGUGCGGCAGUUCGUCAAGGAGAAGCUCCUGAAGAGGAAGUGCCCUGCCACACCGCUCCUGGAGGUGACAGUCUCGGACACGGAGUCCAGCCGGCAGCAGGACGUGCUGAAGGCGCUGGGGGCCCUGGUGCAGGAUUUCUAUGCCAAGUACUGGAUCUGCGUGUGCGCCGGCAUGUUCAUCGUGGUGAGCUUUGCCGGACGCCUCGUUGUCUACAAGAUCGUCUACAUGUUCCUCUUCCUGCUCUGCCUCACCCUCUUCCAGGUGUACUACAGCCUGUGGCGCAAGGUGCUGAAGGGCUUCUGGUGGCUGGUGGUCGCGUACACCAUGCUGGUGCUCAUCGCUGUGUACACCUUCCAGUUCGAGGACUUCCCCAUGUACUGGAGGAACCUGACGGGUCUCACCAACGAGCAGCUGGGCGACCUGGGCCUGGAGCAGUUCAGCGUCUCUGAGCUCUUCUCCAGCACCCUCAUCCCGGGCUUCUUCCUCCUGGCCUGCAUCCUGCAGCUCCACUACUUCCACCGGCCCUUCAUGCACAUUACUGACCUGGAGCACAUUCCCGCGACAGGGCAGGGAGAGUGCAGGGGUGGGGUGGUGACGGGCGGUGUCCCCGCAGUGCCCACCAAAUGGGGGCUGGUGCUGGAGCGCCUCAUCGUGCUGGGCUGGACCUUCUCGGACACGCUGACCCGCGCACAGGUCUUCGUGGGACGCCUGCUCGAGCUCCACAUCCUCAAACUUGUGGCUCUCUACACCGUCUGGGUGGCCCUGCAGGAGGUCUCGCUGAUGAACUUCUUGCUGGUGCUGCUGUGGGCCUUUGCUGUGCCCUACUGCCGCUUCCGCCACAUGGCCUCCUGCCUCUCCACCGUCUGGACCUGCAUCAUCAUCGUCUGCAAGAUGCUCUACCAGCUCAAGAUUGUUGACCCCAGCGAGUACUCCAGUAACUGCACCCAGCCCCAGCACAAUGCCACCAACCUGAGCCCAGAGGAGAUGGGCAACUCCACGCUAUACCGGGGUCCCGUGGACCCUGCCAACUGGUUCGGCAUCCGCAAGGGCUUCCCCAACCUGGGCUACAUCCAGAACCAUCUCCUGGUGCUGCUGCUGCUGGUGUUUGAGGCUGUGGUGUACCGGCGCCAGGAGUAUUACCGCAAGCAGUUCCAGCUGGUGGCCCCUGUCACUGAGACCAUCUUCGAGGACGUGUCCCGAGAACACCUUGACCAUGGCCUCAUCAGCUGUGCCAAAUACUUCCUCAACUACUUCUACUACAAGUUUGGCUUGGAGAUCUGCUUCCUCAUGACGGUAAAUGUGAUUGGGCAGCGGAUGAACUUCAUGGUGAUCCUGCACGGCUGCUGGCUCAUCGUCAUCCUCACGCCCCCCUCCCGCCUCUGGCCCAAGUACUGCCUCUUCCUCGUGAUCUUCCUCCUCUACCAGUACUUGCUGUGCGUGGGCAUGCCGCCUGCCCUCUGUAUGGACUAUCCCUGGCGGUGGAGCCCUUCCCUCCCCAUCAACUCGGCGCUGGUCAAGUGGCUCUACCUGCCCGACUUCUACAUGGCACCCAAGUCCACCAACCUCAUCAAUGACUUCGUGCUGCUGCUGUGCGCGGCUCAGCAGUGGCGGGUGUUCGUGGCCGAGCGUACCGAGGAGUGGCUGCAGGCCGCCGGCGAGAACGCGGACUGCCUCGACCUGGCGCGGGAUGCCCACAACUGGGCCCCUGGGACCUGCUCCUGCAGGUCGUACCUGGACAUGGUGAAGGUGGUGGUCUUCCGCUACCUCUUCUGGUUCGUCCUGGUUGUGGUGUUCAUCACUGGUGCCACCCGCAUCAGCCUCUUCGGCCUCGGCUACCUGCUCGCCUGCUUCUACCUCCUGCUCUUUGGCACCGCCAUGCUGCGUAAGCCGCCGGUGCGGGCUCGCCUCGCGCUCUGGGACUGCCUCAUCCUCUACAACAUCACCGUCAUCAUCUCCAAAAACAUGCUGUCGCUCCUGUCCUGCGUCUUUGUGCAGCAAAUGCAGAGCAACUUCUGCUGGGUGAUCCAGCUCUUCAGCCUGGUGUGCACCGUCAAGGGCUACUAUGACCCCAAGGAGAUGGGCAAGGACCAGGACUGCUCCUUGCCCGUGGAGGAGGCCGGCAUCAUCUGGGACAGCAUCUGCUUCUUCUUCCUCUUGCUCCAGCGCCGCGUCUUCCUUAGCCACUACUACCUGCAUGUCAUGCUGGACCUCCAGGCCUCAGCCCUGCAGGCCUCCAGGGGUGUCGCGCUGUUCAAGGCCAGCAUCCUGAAGAGCAUCGCUGCGCCCAUGGCACUGCGACCAGGCAGGGCCCUGGGGAGACGGCAGCGGGGUCUGUCCAGGCACUGGCCAUGCCGUGCCACCCCGUGCCAUGCCACCCUGUGCCGUGCUGUGACACCCCAUGCCUUGACACCCCGUGCCGCCCUGGCAGUGCUUCAUUCGGGCGAAUACUUCCUCUUCGAGUCGGACAGCGAGGAGGAGGAGGAGGCUGUGCCGGAGGAACCACGGCCGGGCAAGCAGAGUGCUUUCCAGCUGGCCUAUCAAGCCUGGAUGACCAACACCAAGACAGCGCUGAGGCAGCAGCAGCAGCCAGAGCAGCCGGACGCUGAGCUCGCUGCAGGUGGGACCGCUCGCCACUCCAGCCCCUUUUCACCUGGCUCCAAAAUGGGGCUGGGGGUGCAAGGAAGGGACCCUAUCUGGCGGCUCUACUUUGCUGUGCUGGAGGAGUCGGAUCAGUUUUACCGGUCCCACAACCGCUUCCUCAAGCUGCUGCUGGCCACCUACCACUGUGUGGCCGCCCACUCUGAGCUGCUCUGCUACUUCGUCAUCAUCCUCAACAACAUGGUGACCGCCUCCGUCAUCUCCCUCUUCCUGCCCAUCCUCGUCUUCCUGUGGGCCAUGCUGUCCAUCCCCCGGCCCAGCAAGCGCUUCUGGAUGACCGCUAUCAUCUUUACCGAGGUGAUGGUGGUGGUGAAAUACCUCUUCCAGUUCGGGUUCUUCCCCUGGAACGGUUACGCCAUGCUGGUGCGCAAUGAGGGCAAGCCCUUCUUUCCGCCUCGCAUCCUGGGCCUGGAGAAGACCGACCGCUAUAUCAAGUAUGACCUCGUCCAGCUCCUGGCGCUGUUCUUCCACCGCUCGCUCCUGCUGUGCUACGGACUGUGGGACCAUGAGGAGGACCCCUUUGCCAAGAAGCGGCCGGAGGCAGAGCGGGCGGAGGAGGAGGAGGAGGAGGAGAGGCGGGGGGAAGCAGAGCCCCCAGCAGCCAGCAAGGACGGGAAAAAGGCUGUGAUGGUGGUGGUGAAAUACCUCUUCCAGUUCGGGUUCUUCCCCUGGAACGGUUACGCCAUGCUGGUGCGCAAUGAGGGCAAGCCCUUCUUUCCGCCUCGCAUCCUGGGCCUGGAGAAGACCGACCGCUAUAUCAAGUAUGACCUCGUCCAGCUCCUGGCGCUGUUCUUCCACCGCUCGCUCCUGCUGGUGAGCCCCGGGGUGCCGGCAUCACCGUGGGAAGGGUGCUUGCGGCACCGCACCCCGUCCCAACUGGGGGUACCAGGAGCAGCAGCGAAGCCGGAGCAGAAGGACGAUGCCGUGGGGCAGGAUGAAGGCACCAGGGCUGGUGGCAGUCACCUCCGCUUCAGGAGGAAGAAGAAGCGCUGGAGCAAGAAGCAGGAGGAGGCUGUGGAGGAAGGCGAUGCUGGGGAGGAGGAGGAAGAGGAGGAAGAGACGAAGCAGAGUCGCUCUCAGGAGAAGCUGAAGGCUUUUGGGCUCCGGGUCAAGCUCUUCUUCCUCACUAAGGCGCAGAACAUGUACCAGCCCGUGCGCAGCUUCUUCUGGGACAUCCUGCACACCCAGUACCGGGCUGCCACUGAUGUCUAUGCUUUCAUGUUCUUGGCCGACGUGGUUGACUUCAUCAUCAUCAUCUUUGGCUUCUGGGCCUUCGGGAAACACUCGGCAGCCGCCGACAUCACGUCCUCGCUGUCGGAUGACCAGGUGCCGGAGGCCUUCCUGGUCAUGCUGCUCAUACAGUUCACCACCAUGGUGAUCGACCGCGCGCUCUACCUCCGCAAGACCGUGCUGGGCAAGCUCAUCUUCCAGGUCAUCCUGGUCUUCAGCAUCCACCUCUGGAUGUUUUUUAUCCUGCCGGCUGUCACCGAAAGGUUGUUCAGCCUCAACACAGUGGCCCAGCUGUGGUACUUCGUGAAGUGCAUCUACUUCUCACUGUCAGCCUACCAGAUCCGUUGCGGCUACCCUACCCGUAUCCUGGGCAACUUCCUCACCAAGAAAUACAACCACCUCAACCUCUUCCUCUUCCAAGGGUUUCGCCUCGUGCCCUUCCUGGUGGAGCUGCGGGCUGUUAUGGACUGGGUCUGGACCGACACCACACUGUCCCUGUCCAACUGGAUGUGUGUGGAAGACAUCUACGCCAACAUCUUCAUCAUCAAGUGCAGCCGCGAGACGGAGAAGAAAUAUCCACAGCCCAAAGGGCAGAAGAAAAAGAAGAUUGUGAAGUAUGGCAUGGGGGGCCUCAUCAUCCUCUUCCUCGUGGCCAUCAUCUGGUUCCCGCUGCUCUUCAUGUCGCUGGUGCGCUCCGUGGUGGGCGUUGUGAACCACCCCAUCGACGUCACUGUCACACUCAAGCUGGGGGGGUACGAGGUGAGGACAGCAGGCCAGCCACCGAUCAUGGGGCUGUAUGUCUCCAUCGUGCUGGUGAUCGGGAAGUUCGUGCGUGGCUUCUUCAGCGAGAUCUCGCACUCCAUCAUGUUUGAGGAGCUGCCCUGCGUGGACCGCAUCCUCAAACUGUGCCAGGACAUCUUCCUGGUGCGGGAGACGGGCGAGCUGGAGCUGGAGGAGGAGCUCUACGCCAAGCUCAUCUUCCUAUACCGCUCACCCGAGACUAUGAUCAAGUGGACGCGGGAGAAGGAGUAAGAGGAAGGGGGACUGGCCACUGCCGCAGCCAGCGGAUGCCCCGGGCCCCGCAACAG